AUAUACAGUUCAUAUUACUUGUGAAUAUUGUGUCAAAUUUCUCGUUCAGUUCCUAACAAAAUUUCGUGUUUAACAAUAGCCCAGAUUUUUUGUAAGCCCAUCAAAAUGUCCCUAGUUCUUGAUGUAGUCCAGAAAAUUGUUCUGCAGAAAGCAUAUGAUUUAACAUGCGAGGCAGCCAUAUUAGCCUUGAGGAAAUGUGGCAAACUCAAAAUAGAGGACGAUAAGUCAAAAGUAAGGAGUGAAAAGCAAUUGCCUAUGCCGCCUGCCAAGCCAAUUUCCCAGGACGUGGUUUCCCCGAAGAAGGUACCCAAGGUUCCCGUGGUCACCACACCGUUGAAAUUUGUGGGAAGGGACAUUCCUCGAAAGAACGUUGGCUCCAUCGAUCCUCCCCAGUGCUCCUGCAUGCGUGUGUGCCGGGAUAGCUACUUCUCUUAGAAAAAAACCUCCAUCGCUUGAAAACAAUUGCAACUUUAAUAGAAUAGGAAAUAGCAAAAUUUUUGAGGGACAUCUGGCAUCGAAUCUCAUUCCAUUUUGUAUCCGUACAAUUAUCAAAUGUAACACUAAUAACAGUUUUUGGUAGCAACUAACA